UGGCCAAAGGCAAAGCCCCUUCCCAACAAAAUCAGUUGACAAUUCCAAACAAAACCGAUAACUCUAAGAAUUUAUUAGUUUCGUUGAGGUGCAGAAGACACAGAAGAAAAUGGAGAACCUCUGGCGAGCGGCGACGGGCCAAGACCCUAGUCCGGAGGACUACAGCGGCGUCGAGUUCUGGUCUAACCCCGAGCGCGCCGGCUGGCUCACCAAGCAAGGCGAGUACAUCAAGACCUGGCGCCGCCGCUGGUUUGUCCUCAAACAGGGCAAGCUCCUCUGGUUCAAGGGCUCCCACGUCACCCGAUCCUCCACCCCGCGUGGCGUCAUCCCCGUAGGCACCUGCCUCACUGUCAAGGGCGCCGAAGACGUCCUCCACAAGCCCUGCGCCUUCGAGCUUUCCUCCAACCAGGACACCAUGUACUUCCUCGCCGACUCCGAGAAGGAGAAGGAGGAGUGGAUCAAUUCGAUCGGUCGUUCCAUCGUGCAGCACUCGCGAUCGGUUACCGAUUCCGAGGUCGUCGAUUACGUUAGCAGACGCUGAUCUCGAUUCGCUUGGAAACGGGUUUUUCUCUCGUUUGUACACUGAUAGGUGCGGUUUCGUUUGGUUGUCAAUUUUUGUAUAAUCUGUUAAAGAUGCUUCUUGUUUGUGAGACGGUGUACUUUGAUACAGUAAAAAGUUAAUGAUUUUGAGGAUCUCCCUCUAGUUUUCUAAUUAUCAUCA